AGCAACCACAAUAACACAAGUUAACAACCUUAAUUAUUAACAUUCAUUCCACAACCUUCUUCUCUCAAUCAUUCAUUCUAACAUGGCAGCUACUUCAGUCUUCAUGGCAACCCCCGUCGCACGUCUCACCACCAACCCUUCAUCUAGAAGAACCGUCAACUUUGCUGUCGUCAGGUGCAUGUCACAAGAUCAACAAUCUUCACCGGCACCGAAGAAGGUGAGCACUAAGUUCUCCGACGUGUUGGCGUUCAGUGGGCCUGCACCGGAGAGGAUUAACGGAAGGUUGGCGAUGAUAGGGUUUGUGUCGGCGAUGGCAGUAGAAUUAACCAACGGUCAAGAUGUGUUCGCUCAGAUCUCACACGGUGGAGUUUCGGCGUUUGUAGCGACGAGUUUGGUGUUGUCGCUGGCGUCGUUGGUGCCGUUGUUUAAAGGGGUGAGGGCAGAGUCGAAGUCGAGUGGGUUGAUGACGUCGGAUGCAGAGCUGUGGAACGGGCGGGCUGCGAUGUUGGGUUUGGUGGCUUUGGCUUUUACCGAAUAUGUGACGGGCAGUGCCCUUGUAUGAUGAGUUUUUUUUUAUAAAACAAAGAGGCUACAGGUACUUAUUUUUAAAUCGUGGUAUUAGAUGAAAGUUUGAAUAUCGAAUUAGAAUGUUUGUAGACAUGUACUUUAAAAGCUUGUAAGUAUAUGUGUAAAUGAUGAAAUGUUUUGAUUCAUGAUAAUAUAUCGACUUAUGAUGUGCUAUACUGCUAUCUUA